CUGGGCCACUGUUUUGGAAAUUGUUUUGGUUUUUAAACACGCAAAAACAUGGCAGAAUCCCCGCAGAUACAGAUAAAACUUGAGCAGCAAAAUAUCAAGGAGCGUUUGAAUCUUCACGUGAAGAGGCGCCUGCAACAGGAUACAGAUAACCCCAUCGAGAGUCCCGAAUUAUUGCCCAGUGAACAAAAUCCAAAGCGCAGCAAAGGAAAAGAGGUUCCCAAACCUCGAAAACCCUACCAAAAACGCACUGAAAAACCCAAAACAGAAGCCACAAAGUCCAAGAAAGUUGGACAACUUGGCAGCCCGGCGGCGGAGACGGAUCCCUUGGACGAUCAGGAACCGGAGGGCUUUUCUCCUGAGGCGGCGGAUGGGAAAUCCUCUACCCGAGAUCGCUAUAAGAAUGCCGAUAUACUCAACAUGGUGUUGAACGUUAAAAAACGCAUUUUAAUGCAGGACCCUGAGGUCCAGGCCUUCUGGACCGAAGUUAUGACAGUCAUUAAGAGCUAAAGUCUUCAAAAUCUGCUUUAAUGCGGUUGCUAUUUUGUAAAUUGUUAUUAUAAUAUUACAUAGAUCAUUUAAUGAGGGUGUGUAAAUAA